UGCGAAAGCGGGCCUUUCGGAGAGGACACCGGAAGUGGAAUCUCGGGGAGGUAUCAAGAAAUGGAAAGAAAAGUAAGCAGAAUCUGUCUUACUUCUGAACCCAACAUAAUUCAUUUUCUGCAAAUAUCUUGGGAGAAAACACUGGGAUCUGGUUUUGUUAUUACACUUACUGAUGGGCAGUCAGCAUGGACUGGGACAGUUUCUGAAUCAGAGAUUUCCCAAGAAGCUGAUGACAUGGCAAUGAAAAAAGAGAAAUAUAUUGAUGAACUGAGAAAAGCAUUGGUGUCCCGAGCAGGACCAGCUGACACAUACAAGUUUAAUUUUUCUAAAGAAUCUAGUCAUUUCUCCUUUGAGAAAAACCUGAAAGAUGUUUCAUUCAGACUUGGUUCCUUCAACCUAGAGAAAGUUGAAAGCCCAGCUGAGGUCAUUAGAGAACUUAUUUGUUACUGCCUGGACACCAUCGCAGAAAAGCAAGCCAAAAAUGAGCACCUGCAGAAAGAAAAUGAAAGGCUUCUGAGAGAUUGGAAUGAUGUUCAAGAACGAUUUGAAAAAUGUGUGAAUGCUAAGGAAGCUUUGGAGACAGAUCUUUAUAAACGAUUUAUUCUGGUGUUGAAUGAGAAGAAAACAAAGAUCAGAAGCUUACAAAAAUUGUUAAAUGAAGUUCAAGAACGAGAAAAGAACACUGAACACGAAAGGGAAUCUGCAACCUGUUCUGAAAUGACUGCUGACCGAGAUGCAAUCUAUGAUGAAAGCACUGAUGAGGAAAGUGAAAACCAGUUUGAUCCCACUGUGUUGGCUCCAGCCACUGUGAGUAAAGAUGACUCCAUUAUUUCAAUUCCUGAUGUCACUGAUAUUGCACCAAGUAGAAAGAGGAGGCAGCGAAUGCAAAAAAAUCUUGGGACAGAACCUAAAAUGGCUCCUCAGGAGCAUCAGCUUCAAGAAAAGGAAAAGUAA